CAUCUUUUGAGAAACCUAUAAAUUAGGAACUCUUUUGAUGAUUUUCAAUUCGAAGGUUUUCUUGCACACUUUGAUUUGUUUCUCUAGCCAGUAAAACUCUCAUUUCAGCCAUGAACGCUAUCAGUAUUAUCGUCUUUGCUGCUGCACUUAUCUACGCUGUCAGUGCCAUCAACUGCCCCAGGUGUACCAAUGAGAAUGACUGGACGUCAUGUACUGACACACAAACAUGUAACGGAAAUGAUGACACAUGCCAGCUGGUUGUUGAGAAUGACAGCACCAGACACAGAGUGAACUACCAUUGUACACACAGCCAGAACUGUCAACAACAUGAGACCCAACACUGUGACAUCACUGUACAUGGACACUGCACCUUCUGCUGCGACACCAUCGCUUCUUGCAGAAAUCAGAGAGAGGGACUCUUCGACUCUUUGGCUUAAGUUUUCCUCACAACAACUCACAUGACGUGAUAGUUUGGAAAGGCAAGCGAUCAUCAGAAAUAAUAUCACGGAGACAUUUAUUUCUGUUUAAUUAUGAUGGUGGAGAUGUAUUUGAAUAAUAUCACAUUUGUAAUAACAAUAAACGUUUUAUACGCAACGAAA